UCGAAACUGAGUGUUGUAAAAAUUUCAACAACGCAUUUCAAAUAAAAAAAAAACUAUGGCAUUAAAUGCCUUCCAUAUCCAUGGCAUAAUUGUGGGUGUUCUAACCUUACUUGUAUCCUUGGCACUGAUGUUAUUUCAAGGAGAAAUGCUGGUACUUUUGGUUAAAAAUAAAACUGAUGAUUCAAACACCAAUAUCAGCCCACAAAUUAUAAUAAUAGUGACUGCUGUCAUAUUAUGCAUAACAUCCGUCCUUCUGAUUUUUGGUAUUGUGAAGAAACGCCCAUACCUCCUAUUACCCUGGCUGACUUGUAUGAUAAUUAUAUCAUUGGUUUUCAUAAUUACCCUGUUUAUAGGAUUCCUGCAUUUAUCUUCCUACAAAGGCAUUCUUCAUAUUUUUUCAUUUAUAGGUUUUAUUAUAAACAUUUUAUAUCCCAUAAUUGCACUAUAUUUAGAGAUAAGACAAACAACGACAGGAUCAGUGAGUAUAAACGACGGAUGUUCGGAGAUGUUUUUCUAUGUUUGUUGUUAAUAAAUUAAUUAAAAAAA